GUUAUGGUUAUGAGUCAAAUACGAGGAACAAACAAGAAAAAAAACAAUAAAGAAACAAAAGCAAUUAGAUCAAUCGGUCAACAAAUGAUUCCUCCCCCCCUCUUUUUGGUAUUUUCUAUAUUUCCAAGCUCCAUUGAUUACUGCCUUCGAGACAGACUUAAAAGGACCAAGUAAACUUAUGUCUGACACAUGCCAUUUGGUUACUUCUCUUUUAAUUAUCUCCCACAUUCUACCUUCUGUCAUCACCCCACAUCCUUAGUGGUAUUUUUGAUUCAAAAAUUCUGUUAUACUUGAAACAUGGUACCCAUGUUUGAAAAGGGAAAGUCCACCAGGAUUCUCUUCAUAAUUCUUUGUGUCCUUCUAACACUGUUGUCACCCCAAGUUGCUUGUUUUUCCAAAUUUGCUUCUUCAGCCUCUUUUACCACCACUAUUACUGUUCAUGAUCAAGCUACAGCUGAAGACAGUGAAUCAAAUGCUCUGUUGAAGUGGAAAGACAGCCUUGACAAUCACAGUCUCUUGUCAACUUGGACAGGUAAUACUACUCCAUGCAAAUGGGAAGGAAUUCAGUGUGACAAAUCCAAGUCAGUCUCCAGCAUAAAUCUUGCAAAUUAUAGUCUAAAAGGUACACUCCAAACUCUCAAAUUUUCCUCAUUGCCCAACCUCCUCAGCCUAAAUAUCUACAAUAACUUCUUUUAUGGAACCAUUCCCCAACAAAUUGGUAACAUGUCCAAAGUAAAUGUUUUGAACUUUUCUGCAAAUUCUUUUGAUGGUUCCAUCCCUAAAGAAAUAUGGACAUUGAGGAGUUUGCGUAGGCUUGAUCUUUCCAUGUGCCAACUAAGUGGAGCAAUUCCUAAUUCCGUAGCAAACUUGUCCAACCUAUCAUUUCUAGAUUUAGGAAACAACAAUAUUUUUGGCUCCAUUCCUCCGGAGAUUGGAAAAUUGAACAACUUAGAGUAUCUAAGUAUUUCAAAUAAUAGCCUUUUUGGUUCCAUUCCACGUGAAAUCGGAAUGUUGACAAACCUUAGGCUUAUUCUUUUGUCAUUGAACUCUCUCUCUGGUACCAUCCCCAAAACAAUUGGUAACAUGAGCAGUUUAAAUGCACUUUACCUUUCUAAUAACACUCUUACUGGGCCAAUCCCACCCUCCUUAUGCAACAUGUCUAACUUGACAAUUCUCCAUCUUUAUCACAAUAAUCUUUCUGGAUCAAUCCCUGCUUCCAUAGAAAAUUUGGCCAAUUUGGAAGAACUUGAACUUGAUUACAACCAUCUUUCUGGAUCCAUCCCUUACACCCUUGGAAACUUGACAAAGCUCACCUCAUUAUACUUGGGCUUUAAUGAUCUUUCUGGAUCAAUUCCUCCCUCUAUAGGGAAUCUGGUCAAUUUGGAUUUCCUCAGUCUCCAAGAAAACAAUCUCUCUGGAUCUAUUCCUGACACAUUUGGAAAUUUGAUAAGGCUCACUGUCCUGGAAUUGGCCUCCAACAAACUUAGUGGUAGCAUUCCACAGGUCUUGAAUAACUUUACCAACUGGUAUUCCUUGUUAUUACACAAUAAUGAUUUCAUUGGCCACUUGCCACCUCAAAUAUGCUCUGGUGGGUCAUUGACGUACUUCAGUGCUCAACACAACCGUUUAACGGGUCCAAUACCAAGAAGCUUGAAGAACUGCUCCAGUAUUCAAAGACUCAUGCUUUGGGGAAACCAACUAGAAGGAGAUAUAGAGCAAGAUUUUGGGUUAUAUCCGAUAUUGGAACAUAUUGAUCUGAGUGACAAUAAAUUUUAUGGCCACAUUUCACCAAACUGGGGGAAGUGCCCUAAUCUUAAUACCUUCAAGAUAUCCAACAACAAUAUUUCUGGUGGUAUACCUGUACAACUUGUUGAGGCAACCAACCUUGGCAGGCUUCACCUUUCAUCCAAUCACUUGAUGGGAGAUAUUCCAAAGGAACUUGGGAGUUUGAAAAACUUAGAGGAACUCAUCAUCAGCAACAAUCAUUUUUCAGGAAACAUUCCCACGGAAUUAGGAUUGCUGCAGAAUCUUCUACAGUUGGAACUAGCAGGAAACGAGUUGAGUGGCACAAUACCAGACCAAAUUGUGGGGUUACCCAAUUUACUGGAAUUGAAUUUGAGCAACAAUCAAUUAAAGGGAAGCAUUCCCUUUGAGUUUAACAGAUUACAACCUCUUGAGUCUCUUGAUCUUAGCGGGAAUUUGUUGAGUGGAACAAUACCAACCGUUCUUGGACAAUUGAUCCGCUUGCAAUGGUUGAAUCUCUCACACAAUAAUCUUUCUGGCACCAUUCCUUCAAGUUUUGACCAAAUGUCAAGCUUGAUUUCUGUCAACAUAUCAUACAACCAGUUAGAAGGACCGCUUCCAAAAAACCAAGCCUUUCUUAAGGCUCCAAUUGAAUCAUUGAAAAAUAACAAAGGCUUGUGUGCUAACAUAAAAGGCUUGGUUCUUUGUCCAACCAACAACAGUCGAAAGAGCAACAAAGUGAUCCUAAUAGUAUUCCCUAUUUUGGGAACUCUAGUGUUCUGUGUGGUGGGGCUUUUAUUGUAUAUUCUGUGUCGCAGUAAGAGAAAGGAAGAAAGCCAGUCCAAAGAAGCACAAAGGGAAGUAGUCUUUUCCAUCUGGAGUUAUGAUGGGAAAAUCGUGUUCGAAAAUAUCAUUGAAGCUACAGAGAAUUUUCAUGACAAAUAUCUAAUUGGAGUGGGAAGUCAAGGAUAUGUUUACAAGGCUGUGUUGCCCACAGGCCUUGUUGUUGCUGUGAAAAAAUUCCAUUCAGUAACAGAUGAGGAUAUGUCAGAUAACAGUUCAAAGGCUUUUACUAGUGAGAUUCAAGCUUUGACAGAAAUAAGGCAUCGUAAUAUUGUAAAGCUGUAUGGAUUUUGCUCACAUUCACGGUUCUCAUUUUCGGUUUAUGAUUUCUUGGAAAGGGGUAGCUUGGAUCAGAUACUAAACAAUGACACACAAGCAAAUGCAUUUGAUUGGGAAAAGAGGGUAAAUGUUGUUAAAGGUGUGGCCACUGCUUUAUCCUAUAUGCAUCAUGACUGUUCACCUCCUAUAGUUCAUCGUGACAUAUCAAGCAAGAAUGUUCUCCUAGAUCCUGAAUAUGAAGCCCAUGUCGCUGACUUUGGUACAGCUAAGUUUCUAAAGCCUGGUUCACGUAGUUGGACCACAUUUGCAGGCACCUUUGGUUAUGCUGCUCCAGAGCUUGCACAGACAAUGGAAGUGAAUGAAAAAUGUGAUGUUUUCAGUUUUGGAGUACUUGCCUUGGAAAUCAUUAUGGGAAAGCAUCCGGGAGAUCUCAUUUCUUUAUUUAUGUCACCAUCUACAGCACCAAUGGCUAAUGAUUUGUUAUUGAUUGAUAUUAUAGAUCAAAGACCUCCUGAACCUACAAAACCAAUUGAUGGUGAGAUGGUGUUGAUUGCAAGGUUGGCAUUUGCUUGCUUGAGUGAAAGUCCUAGUUCUCGACCAACCAUGGAUCAAGUAUCUAAGAUGCUUGUAAUAGGAAAAUCACCUUUAUCUGACCAGUUUCCCAUGAUUAGACUAGGACAACUUUGCUAAAUCAUUCAACUACUCUUGUAUUUUGCUUCCUUUUUAUUCUUCACUGUGUCCCACCUCUCUUAUAUAUUGUAAGCAAGCAUGUUUAAUUAUAUGUAUC